AAAUCAUGGAGCUUAUGGUAGACUAGGGCAACCUAGUAGAUGAGUUUCAAAGGUCUUUAAUGAACUGUUAUACCUUUAUUUUAUCUUGUCUUACAGAGCCAACUUUAAGGAGAAGACUCAGUGGAAAUGAAAUUAGUUUCAAAGAAAAGUUAGGAACAUUCCUCCAGAAGUUUAAAACAGAUUUUUCCUCAUUAAAUUUAAAAGCACAAAGUUCCCAGAGAGUUGAACCAGAAAGAAGCCAGUCUACCAGCAGCUGCAGUAGCCCUCCACACAGUUCAUUGCCGAACAAGAGGAAAAAGGCAGUAAAGACAAAAUCUACGUGUAGUACAUCAGGCUUGAAGACCCCUGUACGGAAGUACAUCCCAAAUCCCUUGAGCAGAAGCUUGGAUCGUACAAGGUUGGAAGAACUAUGUGGGAGUAGCAGGAGUUUGCCAACCAGGCCUAGUGGAUGUAGGGGUGAAGAACCUUUGUCAACACCUAAUUACCAGUGGAAAAACAGAGGUCCCAGUGGGGGGUCUAUGACACAAAGGGGAAAAUACAUGAAUAACAAUUACUUGCAGGAGAACUGUUCAAAUCCAAGUGAAAAGGAAAAAAUUAGUGCUAUGACUUCCCAGCAGAAAUUCAAGUCACCCAAUCAAAAACUAACAUGUAUCUCCAGCAAGGUGAAUAAUAAAGGUGUAGUCUCCAUGCAGUCUAUGUCAGAUGCUCUGGGACUGAUAGUGGCCACAGGUAUAUACACAGGAGUCAAAAACUUGUAUGAAAAGAUCUGGUAUCAAGAAGAAGCUGGUGUUUAUGGAUUACAAAACUACAUUGUUGAAGAUAUUAUGCAGUUAGGUGAGGCUGGUGAACAAGCCACACGUUUUCUUCUAGCUGAGAUGUCGUCCCAGCAUUUAAAACGCCUUGUUCAUGGUGCAGUGCUCAUAAUUUGUGAUAAUUUGCAAGAUGUGCAUUGAAUUGUUUAGAUAUGAAGGUUGGUUUAUUUUUCUCUUUUCUAGUGUGAUGCAGUCAUGAAUUCUUGUAUUGCCAUUGUGUAAGUACUAGAAGUUCACAAAUCUGAGCAAACAGCCUUAAAUACAAACAGAUUUUGGCUCUGUUCAGAGAGUGACGAGGAAGAAUUUAUUUUUACAAGAGAUUCCUUUUAAUUAUGUCCUUCAUGUUCCUGUUUUAUGUAAAUGGUUAUGAGAAUCAUUCAUAGACUACCCCUGAUCACUUAUAGCUUGUUUAAAGGGUAGACAGUGCAGGGGUUAUCUUUUAGUGCACACAGUACUUUUUAAUGUGAUAAUUUGACUGUAUAAAAGUUCAGUCAUUGUCAUUGGAUUUAAUUGCUAUUAUCUUUUGUUGAUACAAUAUUGCCUUGAUCUCCAUAUGUAUUGAAAGGAAGGAAGGUUUGAAUAAAAAAAGAUAAUAAAAAUAAUUUACUAUAAAGUCUUGAUACAUUAAUUAAAGUGUAGUAAUUUGUUUAUUUUAUGCAUUUACUUUGGGAAAGAAGUUAUUCUAUUCUUCGCUAGGCUAUGACCCACCAUGUUUGCCUAUUUGUCUUGAACACAGAUUUGUAUUUGCUUCUUAUAAAUUUUUUUUUGAACUUUUAAUGUUUGGAUAUACAUUUACUUACUCUAUUUUGAGACCUUACUUCAUUAUUUCACAAACAAAAGAAACAUACAUUAAUGUGUCAGUAUUUUAUUUCAGAUAAAUAUUUGAAUGUACAUUUUCCAGUGAUUUGAAAUUCAUACAGAUACAUGAAGAGGGGUAAUCUCAAAAUUGCACCAUCAGAAAGGGGCAAUACGUGUUUAUUUGUGAAAUUGAUCAUUGUCAUUUGUCUUUCAUCAAUUCCAUCCUUUGAGUUGCUUUAUCAGGAUUUGAGUUUAUUUAUCUUCAGACCUUGAGAAAAUAAAAGUUACCAUUAAUAUGUGGUCUUUUGAUGUUUAGAUUUGGCAGAAGUGUGGUUUAUCAGAUCCUUGUUGUUGUUUUUUUUUCUUGUUUGAAGCCAAACAAGUCGUAGUGUCAUUUUGAUAAAAUGGCAGAGGUUUGGAGGCCAGUAAAUGGUUGCGGUGUUUGAGGAAUUGCCUACUCAGCUGCCUUGGUAUGGCUGCAGGUAGCAAGUGGGAACUGUUACUGAAUUUCCAAAGAAAGCAAAGGUGAUACUUCCUAUGCAGCAUCUUUUUGCAGUUGAUGUAACAGAUUUUAUUAGAUAAAAAUAAUUAAGUAAAUAAAUAAAACUAUUUAUUUAUUUAUUCAUUUAA